AGCCCCGUGUGAAAAUAAACGUCAAACCAAGAUAAGCUUGUACGGGGAUAAUUUAAAAAUAAUUCAAUCGCGACUUUAUCUUAUAAGAUAAGAAAACAUUAACCUAGUGGCAUUUACAUAAAUUAUUACAUAUCUAGUAAAUUUACUCAGUGUUACACGUGUGCAAGUAUAAUAUAACCUAUAGUAAUAACCGGAGCGGUUCAAAGGUACGUUGUCAAAACUUCUGAUAACUUUGUUUGGAGGUCAGGAAUCGACUAAACGAGUUUGUUUUUUUUUUCUUCGAGACUUUACCGGUAAUUUGAUCGCCACAAUGCCGGAAGCCUAUGACACCAUCAUCAUAGGCAUGGGGGCAGCUGGCUGCACGGCUGCUUCCACGCUCAGCAAGGCUGGCAAGCGAGUGCUGGGGUUAGAAGCCAUGGACAGGGUCGGGGGCCGAGUUAACACUGUGCCUUUUGGGGACGGUGUUGUUGAGUUGGGGGCGGAGUGGAUUCACGGCCAGUUCCCUUCCCGAGUCUACGACUUAGCGAUCCAGAACAACGUGUCAAUCCUCCCUCAAGACCUGGACUUCGACGUGUACCGCUCAGACGGCAGCUCCGGCGACAAACAGCUGCUGAACGAGCUCAUGACCUUCAGCUUGGGGGUCGUGGAUGACCCGCCUGAAGUGCCCGAACCGCUGGGGCAGUAUAUCACCAAGCGCCUAAUGGACUACAUAAAAACGAACCACCCAGCCCUCCUCCAAGACAAAGACUUCAUAGACAACCUCCUAGAGUUCCUAGACCUAGUCAUAGACAACUACGAGUCUUCCAACUCCUGGAACGAUGUGUCUACGGAGACGAGGUAUGCGGAGCUGGAUGGACAUCAGCACAUGAGUUGGCAUAGGAAUGGAUAUAAGACGCUGUUUCAGAUUUUGUUGAACACCUACAACAAUGGACCAGGCUACCCUACCUUAGACAUUAAGCUGAAGAAGGAAGUCUCCCAGAUCUCCUGGCCCCAGGAUCCCAACGCUGAUGUAGUGGUAACAUGUACUGAUGGUACAACCUAUAGAGCGAAGAAUGUCAUCGUUACCGUGUCUUUGGGAGUAUUGAAGGAGAGACACACGUCAAUAUUUUCGCCAAGUCUCCCAAAAGACAAAGCUGAGGCUAUCGACAAACUAGCUAUUGGGGUCGUCGAUAAGAUCGUACUACUUUUCCCAAAAGCAUGGUGGCCAAAAACAGCUACUUUCUUUGGCUUUAUAUGGAACGGGGAGGAAAAGGCGAAAGUCUCUAAAGAGGACUUGUGGACUACUAAGAUAUUUGGGGCGAGUUCCCCAAUGGGGUCGUUGCACGCACUAACGUUGUGGACAAGUGGAGAUGGGGCUAAGUUGGUGGAAACCUUACCUGAAGAUGUCGUAAAGAGGAAAGUAAUGGAACUCGUGAGGAGGUUCAUGGGCAAAGGCAAGACUAUACCGGAGCCUAUUGCUAUGCUCAGGUCAUCAUGGUUCUCAAACCCUUACACCCGCGGCAGCUAUACCUACGACAACAUUUUGACUCCACAAUACCCCAACGCUAGGGCUACUCUGGCCGAGCCCCUACUAGACAGCAGCGGAGCCCCACGCGUGUUAUUCGCGGGCGAAGCCACCGACAACACACAUUUCUCGACCGUUCACGGCGCUACGGACACGGGUUUCAGGGAAGCCAACAGGUUACUGCCGACGGCUAAAUUGUAAAGAGUUUUUUGUAUGAUACGCCAAAUGUCUUUGCGUGUCUGAAGUUUUAGCUAUUUGAAUCUUUGUGCGUUUUGUUCGUAAAAGAGAUAAGAGAGAAACUUUGCGUUUCCGAUUUUAUAUAGUUAAAAAGAUUGAAUUGAGAACUUCGUCCUUUUUGGGGAAGUCGGUUAAAAAUUAUAUGCUACUGCACAUGUGUAAUCAAAUGGCUAACUUCAGAAUAGCAAAAAUAUUUGGCGAUUCUACACGAUUUUAUACAAAGUGAAAUAUCAAUAUUUAAUAAAGUAUAUCAAUUAUAUUUAUACGUAUAGAAAAUGAUGAA